GUCUUUAAGUGGUUAAUCUUGUAUCGGUUUGAUUUUUGAGUGCGUUAUUUAUGACUUUUUGAAUUUGGAGUAUUACAUUUAUGAUGUUACGCUUCUAAUGGCAGCCCAAAGUAACCGGAAGGGCCGAUUCAUUGUGGUACAAUGGAAAAGCAGUAAACCGAUCGACAUACCGCAGAUCGCUACAUUUGUCAAGGGAAAGUCAAAAGCAAGCCCUGAGAUUCGACAUGGAGAAGUUAAGAAUUCGGCACUGUUGAUUUUCGACAAAGAAAAAGAUACUGAAUUCCUGAAAGAGCAAUGGAGGGACAGCGACUUCUGGAAGAUAACUUCACUAUUUGCCGUGGUGGAAUCCAACUCUUUACGGGUAACCAACUUGCCACAAUGCGAGCGCAGAGAAGUCCACAUCUUCUUCAACAACCCUUUCAUGCUUGGCGAACUCAGUUUUGCCGAUUUAGACGUCGAUGUAAACCUCUUCCAGCCGCAUGCAGGCUCUUGUGUUGUGCAUCUUACUACUGUGGAAGAUGUCAAAAAGGCCUGUGAGAAACAAAAGAAGUUUAAAAAAUUCAAAAGUCAUCAUCAGCUGAAAAUCGAACCAUUCUAUGGGGAUAUUCAUGGUCUACAGACAGAAAUAGAAGUUGAACCAUUGAUAAUCGACAAUCUGAAUGCUCGAAAGGUUGCAUACCUGAAGGAUUUCUAUUUAGAUGAAAUAACUGAAGAUUUUAAAGAAAAUUUCUGCACAAAUAUUGUCUGGGCUUUAGAUGGACUUGGUAAAAUUAAGUUUGAGUUUCAAUGUUCCCACGAUGAUCACAGAGUCAAACGCGGAAGAGAGUUUCCAGAAAAGAUAAAAGCAAAUUGUCAGGAAUACUUCAACAAAAUUGUAGUUGAUGACAGAACGUUUGAUCAAGCUAAUAGCAAAGAUAUUAAAGAUGUUCUGGACCACUAUGCAGGCAGAAACGUUUAUAUUGAAGAAAUGUAUUCGGACAACAGAGUCGUGCUUGUUGGUUUGGAGGAAGAGGAAGAGUUAAAACAACUUCAGGAGAAGUUAAAUAAAAUUGAACCGCCACGACCACGCAUGACAAAGAGCAUUCCUUUUGAAAAACACAUAUUGCCAAGGCUGAUAGCUUUUAAGGAUUUGGCACUGUAUGAAGCUUUUGAAGCAGACUCUUUAGAUGUAACAGUUGACACUGAUAAAAUAACAUUGACGUUAACUGGUGUAAAGGAAGACGUGGAGAAAGCCGAAACAGAAAUCUGGGCCAUGUUGAACAGAAUUGUUGAACACCAAUUUGAAUUCCCCGAUAAAGCACACAAAGAAAUACUGACAACGAAACUGAUGACCGACAAAAUACAGGAUUGCAUCAAUGACCUAGGCACUAGGUGUGGGUUUACUACUGUCGAUGGUAAAAUAACGUUGUACGCCAGCGCAAAGGUACAGUUGGAACAAUUAGAACGAGAAAUUCUGGACCUGGUAUCUUUGGAGGAAUUGGAAUUUGAAGGAAAAAUUGUUGACAAAAGGACUCUUGAAAAGAAGCUGAAGGAAAUCGAGGAAAACUUUAAACCAUAUGUAAAAAUAUCAUAUGAAAUGGUAACGAGCCUCAUUAAGGUAAAGGUUGUGAGUGGUAAGGAUUACCUGCCGUUAGUGGUUGAUAAACUCGAGAAAGAAGUAGAUGUUUUACUUCAAAGACGGGAAAAAAUUCAUAUGUCACCGUACAUCUUGAAGUAUAUUUGUGAUAUUACUGCUAUGGCGAGUAUAAAGAAGGAACUGAAAGGCAUAAAGGCGGUGAAAAUUGACCCAAAUGUGUUAUCAUUCAACAAGAAAGAUGAAAACUUGUAUGUUGAGGGGGUGGAGCUGGUAAGGAGAACAGUUAUCGAUGUUGUCAAAACGUACGCGGCAAAAGUUUUUGCUUCUUGGAGAAACAUUCAAGGUCCAGGAAUUGGAACACAUUGCUCAAGCAGCAACGAGGAGUUUGUUGAAAUCUUACGGGCUACCCGCAAAUCUCACAAAUGUGAGUUUAAGAUAGCUACCAAAGAAGAGAUGAAAGAAAACAGAGUACAUUGCAUUGUUAUUCUUGAUUCUGGCCAAGGAUUAUUUGUCGGUACAGGCUCCUUAACGGACCCUACUCUCGAAGUGGAUGUCGUCGUUAAUCCUACAAAUUGUGACUUAAAACACAUGAGAAAAGGGCUAGGCAGGGACUUGGUGGAAGAAGGAGGAAGAAUGAUUCAAAGCCAGUGUGAUCAUCACAUCAAGACGCACGGUCCACUGGAGACAUCUGAGGUGUUUAUCAGCGAUGCCGGAAAACUGCCCUUUCAGAAGAUUAUACACGUUGCCGCUCCUGUCUGGCAGGGUGGGGCACAGGGAGAGGAGGAACUGGUGGACAAGGCGCUGGAAAAUGUCCUGUCGACAAUGAACAAUGACACGAAGUUUAUUCUUCGGUCAGUUGCUACUCCUCUCAUUGGACAUGGACAAGGGAAGUUCUCUAGCAGCCGAUCUGCAAGGCUGAUGCUACAAACAAUCAAGAACACGUACAAGAAGUACCCAAAUGUUCGAGAGAUAUUUUUCUACGACCACAAUCCUGCAACUGUGCGAACGAUUCAACAAGAAAUGCACGCACAGUUUGGGGACAAUUGCUUCCAUUUGCCUGUGGAAAAAGUGAGCUUAGGAAAGGAUACCAUAGGACCCACAAAAAAGAAUCUUCUGUGCCUGAGGAACGGGUCAAGGACGCUUCCAAUGCCUGGAAGGAAAUCUCUUAUUAUCAAAUGGGGGAAGUUAGAGGAAACGGGGACGGAAAUUGUUGUCUGCCCAACCGCCACAGCACCAAAGCCAUCUGGUAAAGUUUUGGACGCUAUAUGCUCUGCGUCCCCAAUGGCGGAAGCGGAAGCCGAAAAGGCCUUUAAGCAGUUGUCAUUGAAUUCGAUUGCAGAUGGGGCUAUUGUUGAAACAAUGGGUCCCGUGGGAAAUAUCUACUUCUUGAAGAUCGCUGAAAAGUGGGACGGUCAAACUGGGCGAGCGUCAUUAAAAACGUACGUGGAAAAAUGCUUAACAAAAGCUAUCAUCAACAAGAUCAAAUACAUAGCCAUGCCUCCGAUUGGUCCUAUAUCACGUGGUUACCCCGGAGACGUCGUUGCUAACGAGAUGAUUAAGACUGUUGCUGAAUUUCUCCAAUCUAAGCCAAACUGUUGUUUAGAGGAGGUUACCAUAGUUAUCUACGAGUCGGACAUGGUCACAACUUCCGCAUUUGAGUACGUCCUGCAGUCGUUAUACAAACAUCGUCCACACAGACUUGAGUCGGAGAUACAGGAGAAGGUCACGGAGGAAAAAAAAUCUACUGACGUAGAGUUCGGGUCCGGAAGAGUAAUUGUUCGCAAUACUGCCCCUCCUAAAGGAGCUUUCUGUGUGGCUAAGGGCAUCAACUUGGAGCUGUGUAGAGGAAGCAUUGAAUAUGCCAAGACGGAUGCAGUCGUCUGCACAACGUCAUCCUUUCCCAACCUGCAUGGCGCUAUAGCAGACGCCAUCAAAAAAGCUGGCGGUACCUCGUUACAGCGGGACUUGAGUAACACAUACAAGAGCUACCCCGGGAAAGGUACAGCCUUCACCUCUGGUGGAAACCUACAUUGCAAGAAGGUCUAUUACGUGUUGUUGUCCGACUAUGAUGCAAACAACAAGAACAAGAAGUAUGCAGAAAAGGACAAAAACCAGAACCUCACCUGGAAGGUACAGCAGUGUCUGAUGCAGGCAGAACAUGACAAGCUCUCAUCCAUUGCCAUGCCAACAUUUGGCACGGGAGGGUUCUCGUUUCCGGAUGACAUCGCCGCCAAACAGAUGUUUAAGGCUAUCAAGGAGUUCUUCCAGACACCAAGAACCUAUCUGCACACCGUGGUCAUAUUCAUGUAUGCAGCAGCAGCCAAUACCUGUCAGGUGUUUGAAACCACAGUUGGACAGUACUUCAGCUUGGCAGCUCCUGAUCAGGCGGCUGCAAACCCUCCUCCUCCAGCUGAUAAGCCCGACACAGAACAAGGAAAUAUGUCUAUUGGCAAGGCAAGAGUGGAGACCAUUUAUGGUCCCAUUGAACAAAUGGCGGCUGACGUCAUUAUGGAUACAACAACGAGUUUUCCGAAACUUAACGGCACCAUUCCUAUGCUGCUCGCCAAGGCUGCCGGAAAGGAGGAGUUCGAGGCAGAGUGUAAGAAGAGGGGAAAUGCCAAGGAAGGCAACAUUGUCAUCACACAGGGCUUCAAGCUCAAGUGUAAGAAAGUGUACCACUUCGUCAUGCCCACAUGGAAGCAGGAUACUGGAGAAAAGAGCAUACACGACUGCAUAAAGAAAUGCCUGACGAUGAUGAAGGCGGACAAAUAUACAACCAUUGCUGUACCUACUAUAGGCACAGGCGGGUACCACUAUGAUGCAGCUCUGGUUGCAAAGGGCAUUUGCAGUGCAGCUGGAGAGUUUGGCAAAGCCAACCCGGAUUAUGAUGUUACCGUGAAAAUAAUUCUCUAUCCUGGUGGACCACAGGAUGCAAACAAUGCUAUCAAGUCAGUGGUGAGCAGUUGGAAUUCGGGAAGUGGGAAUGCCAAUAUACCUAAACCAAAAAGUGGCAAAAAAGUUGGCUUUCAAGCAGCAGUCGAUGACGUACAAGAUGAUGAGGACAGCGGUGCCCCUUUCGUGCCCCCUAAGAGAAAAAGAGACUUUGUUCUUCUGCAAUUCGUGUCCGAUAAGACGAAGAACGUGGACGAGGGGUUUGACUAUAUCAAGGAUCAGAUAGACAAAGAUAGGAGAGUUGCUGUUGUCGAGCUGAAGAGAGAAGACAAUAUUGAUGAUGUGGAACUCAUUGAAAAUGACAAGAAAGGGACCCGUAUCGAGGAGUUAGCUGACGUUUUCAACGUUGACGUGAACGUUGACCUCAAUGGACGGAAGGUGACGGUGAAGGGUAUGGGUGAAGACGUUCCAAAAUGCUUUAGGAAAAUCCUCGAACAUCUCAGUGAUCGCCGGAGAGACCAACUCUCCAGGCAUAUUGGCCAAACAGUCCUCAAGCAUAUUGAGUGGUACUACACUGAAGACAGCGGGAAACUGUGGGUGCCCUAUCCCAGACAUAUCAGCUUCAUGCUGGAGGAGGCUUUCGACGAGAAAGUGAACGAGAAGAAGUUUACGGACUCGGACAAGCGCGUGUAUGUGGUAGACUUCCGGAAUUGGACGGAAUGUGUGCAUGAUGGAAAGAAGACGGACUCUACCAGCGCCGUCACAGUCAUCCGGAAGGAUCUGACUGAGGGGAGUAUCUCAGCGCUUCCUGGCUACUGGGCGCCGAUGGCAGACGUGGACACCCUGCUGGAGGUGCCGGUACUUCCGGCGGAAGAGGAGUAUCAGAAGGUGGAGGCGGCUUUCAUCGCUGCCCUUGGGGCUUACCGGCCACGCUUCCAGCAUAUCAAGGAGAUACGGCGCAUCCAGAAUCGCUCCCUUUGGCAACAGUACAUGACCCGGAAGCAGCAGUUGGAUGCGGAGCUAGCCGGAAGGGGCGUCCAAGACAUUGAGCGGCGCCUCUGGCACGGGUAUGACGUGCAGAACGAAAAAUCCAUCAACGUCUAUGGUUUCAACAGAAGCUAUUCGGGCCAGACAUUUGGUGCGGUGUACUACGGUCUUGGCGUCUACUUCGCCGUGAAGUCCGAGUACUCCGCCGGCGCCAGCUACUCGCCCGUCGACGCCGCCGGCUACAAGCACGUGUACCAAGCCAGGGUUCUCGUCGGGGACAGUGUACAAGUGAACAAGGGCUACACGGAUAGGUACCCGCCGCUACUUCCGGGAUCACAGACGGAUAGGUAUAACUCGACGUGUGAUGAUCCUGCAAACCCAGGGGAAUUCGUCAUCUACAGUGAUACUCAGGCCUAUCCAGAAUACACCAUCGUCUUCAAGUGAACAGACUCAGUACAAAAAAAAGUUCAGACCUGAUAUUUAAGGAAAUGGUUAAAGGUUGUUAAUAUGUACUUACAAAAAUAAAUAAUUUGAUCCGACACAGUUGCAUAACCAAAAAAGUAUUGUGUUAAAGUACAUACUAACAAACUUUUACUUUUUAGUUGUGUACAAACUAUUGUGUAAACUACCCACUUAGUGGUCCAGCCACUGUUUAUAUCUACCGGUUCACCUGAUUUAAAUCAAUAAUGGCUGACUGCUGAUUUACUGAAAACAUGUAUUGGCAUAAAGUUUACUGCCAUCUCAUUGGACAAAAAAAAUUUGACCACUUAUACUGUUUCAGGAAGUAUUACUUAAGUGUGUUAUUAUUCCACUUACUGGCAAGCUUUUAAUUAGAUACUGGAGUUAUUGCCCAAUAUAUAAUAUAUAUGUAUUUAACUAUUUUAUUUAUUAUUUUAUACAUGUAGUGUGUUUCUUUUUAUUUUCAUUAGCAAUAAGUGUUUUAUUUUGCCGAAUAUUUGUCCAUUAUUGUUGUUUUCCGUUUAGAUAUUCCCCCAAUUAAUUGACCAAUGAGGAUAGAUGUUGUUAUCAAUGAGCUGCUGCAGCCGAGUUAUAAUCUACCAAUGUAUAAAAUUUGGAGAAGUUAGUCGAUAAAACUCAGCUUUUCGUUGGCCAGUUUACGCAUUGCUUUGAUUUUAUUGGUUGAUAGUUAUUAUUGGAUAAGUGUUGGCCAAUCAAUAAACUUUAGGGCUGACUUUGAAAAAACUAAAGAAUUAACCAGUUUUUUUACAAUUGUCUGCUGCUGGUUGAUAUCCUA